GUGGGGGCGGGGCAGCUUUCAUAGAAAGCCUUCUCGGAUGAAGCACCACAAAACCAGAGGGGAACACCAGGUCACCGAGCCCACUCGUACCUCCUUCCUCUCCUGGGGGCUAAAAGAGAGCAACAAGGAAGCACCAGCAGCUCCAACCUGGGCAGCCUUCCUGGGAAGAUGCAGCCGCUCCUGCUCCUGCUCCCACUGGCCUUUUUACUGCCCCCUGGGACAAAUGCAGGGGAGAUCAUCGGGGGCCAUGAGGCCAAGCCCCACUCCCGCCCCUACAUGGCGUAUCUUCAGAUCUGGAAUCAGGAUGUCCGGAGCAGGUGUGGCGGGUUCCUGAUACGAGAGGACUUCGUGCUGACCGCCGCUCACUGUUGGGGAAGCUCAAUCAAUGUCACCCUGGGGGCCCACAACAUCAAGAAGCAAGAGAGGACCCAGCAGGUGAUUCCAGUGAGAAAAGCCAUCCGCCACCCAGACUAUAAUAAGAGGAACUAUGCCAAUGACAUCAUGUUACUGCAGCUGCAGAGAAAGGCCAAGCAGACGGCAGCUGUGAGGCCCCUCAGGCUGCCCGGGGACCGGGCCCGGGUGAAGCCAGGACAGGCGUGCGAUGUGGCUGGCUGGGGGCGGGUGGCGGUGGCGAUGAACAAUUACCCAGACACACUGCAGGAGGUAAAGCUGAUCGUGCAAGAGGAUCAAAAGUGUGAAUCCCACCUACGCAAUUAUUACAACAAUAUCAUCCAGCUGUGUGUGGGGGACCCAAAGAAAAAGAAAGCUUCCUUUAAGGGGGACUCCGGGGGCCCUCUCGUGUGUGACAAUGUGGCCCAGGGCAUUGUCUCCUAUGGACAAAAUGAUGGGUCCACUCCACGGGCCUGCACCAAAGUCUCAAGUUUCCUGCCCUGGAUAAAGAAAACCAUGAAAAGUCUCCAACUGCAAGAACCGGGCCGUCUUCCCUGGAGCUGAUCUAGGAUCACACUGGGUUGGGGGGCCAGCAACGGAAUAAAGCCUCUUAGCUGAGCAGGAAGAGUUGGUUUCUUGUUUAUUUGUUGACCCCCAUUCACAGGCACCAGCUCUGUGCUUCGAAAGCCAAUGACACUGUUCUGCUGGUUUCUGCUUCCUCCUCUUCCCCCUCCCACCAUCACUUCCCCUAAACCCCGUGCAAAGCUAUACCCAGGUCCCCCACACCUGGCUUUCCAGGGCCUGCCCUUCUGCCAGGGCUGAAGCUGAGUACCAUCAGGAGAAGACAGGAACCUCUCUGGUCCUGGGGCCAGAGUGCCUUACCUCCUUGCCCUGUGUCCUAUGGCAGAGAGGAGGGGAAGACACCACGGGUCCUGGACACCAGGCAGGCACAUUCUCGGGCUGCCACUCAAGGACGGAGCCCCCACCGGGGAGGGAGGGGCCUUCCUGAGCAGACAUUUCUCUCCCACAGCCCGGGAAGCAGGCCCAGGGCAGGGGUGGAUCUCCUGAGAAGUUCCUCCUUCUCAGCUGGGCAGAAUGUCCUUCCUGUCCUCAUCCGAGCUCUUGUUUGCUGUGGCUCUCCAGCCUGAAUCACUACUGACAAUGUGCUUUUUCUUUAGCUAUAAUUUCGUUGCUUUUUAAGAGACUUGGAAUCAAGAUGUUUAGAACUAACAAUAAUUUCACCUCCAUGAAAUUCACCUCUGUCCUCCUUUUCCAUUACGGGGACAUGAUCAGGAUAACUUGUUUAGCAAAUAGUACAGGGAUAUUAGAAGUGCAAUUCUCUGCACAGUGGUGUGGGAAUUCUACUUGGCUCCCUGGCAUCCUUUCCCACUUCACGUGGUAUCAGUAACUCAUCAAAGAGAAUAACUUUCGGGAGAGCCGUUCUUCUUCCACUCUCAGUAUAUGUGGAUUGGACAGAGCAGACCCCAGCCUAGUCAAAGGCUCUGACUAGGCUGAGGUAGAGCAGAGGUUUCAAGCGCCCUGACCACAGGCACCUGCAGCACCGAGGUAGGCUGUGCUCCGCGGGGACUGCCACUGUCUGUCUCCACCCCACAGGUUCCUCGUACAUGACUGCAUCGCUCCUCCCGCUGGGAGGUGGGGUCUGUAGCCCUUCUUUUCUAAUCUGGUGGGAGCACUCGAUUUUCCAAGAUGGAAUAUGGUAGAAUAGAGGCCAUAUGACUUCAAAAUCUAGGUAAUAAAAACAACACAGCUUCUGCCCGGCUUGCUCUGUAGGAGAUACUCACUCUGAGGAAGCCAACCACCAUGCUGGCAGAGAACCAAACAACUGAGACUACUUGAGAGGCCCUCAUGGAGAGAAACCAACAUGCUCAGUGAGCAGCCAGCACCAAGCACUGGGUGUGUGUGAGUGAGCCCUCAGGUGGUUCCAGCUUCCAGGCUUCAAGCCACCUUGACAGCAAGGGUAGCACAGGGGAGACAUCCACGCUGCACCCUGACCAAAAUGCAGACUCCUGGGUAAAAGCAAUGUCGUUCUUUCAAACCACUCAGUUCUUUAGUAAUUAAAACAUUACUCCAUACCAUUCUGUCCCUCCCUCUAACCAUGGACUUCACCACCCUCGUCUGAUCACUGACGGUUUUGUCUCCUCCCCUAGAAGCGAGGAUUCUCAUCUCCAGUGUCCCCCACAGUCUCCCACAAAAGGGGCCUCAAUAAAGAAUUACCCUGGUGAUCUAUAGUAAACUACAGAAAUGACGACGUUCUUUGAUCUAUUAUCAUAAGACCCAGGUUGCUAGGGUGGGGGACCAGCUGUUGGCGGAUACAACAUCUCCAACCACCCUUUACUUGUAGCUUCAUUUCCUGUUUUCUGCUGCUGCAGCUGGCACCAAGCCAAGAGCUACUGGUGCUCUGACAAGUUCAUACUCCACUCAGACCCAGGGACUUGAUCAAAAAGCAGUGUGAGGAUUUCGGAGAAGCCUUGUAGGAUGGAGGCCACAACAUCGGAGGAGACACUUAAGGUUAAAACACUGGAAGGAAGAACUGGGCAGCCUUUGUGGAGAGCUGCUCCUGCUUCUGCUCCUGGCAGCCCAUCCUCUGUCCGCCACCGGGGACGCAGCUCAAUCAGCAUCACCCUGGGGGCCCACAACAUCCUCGAGCAGGAGGGGACCCAGCAGGUCAUCCGGGUGAGAAGAGCCAUCCCCCACCCAGAUGAUGAUGAUGAAAACACGGCCAACGACGUCAUGUUACUGCAGGCGGGGCGCGUGGCUGCACCGGUUCUCACACACUUUAACCCCAGGGCUUUGCAUCCCCCAUCACCUCACUCCUGUCCCUCCUUCCGCUGACGAGGAAGGCCAACCUGACCACCGCUGUGAGCCCCAUCCGGCUGCCCCAGGGGAAGGAGCCGGUGAAGCCAGGGAUGGUGUGCAGUGUGGCCGGAUGGGGGCUUCUUGGCGUGAACAAACCUGCAGCAGCAAAACUGCAGGAGGCAGAGCUUGAAGUCCAAACAGACCAGCAAUGCAUCCAUCACUACAAACAUUACGAUGCCACCACCCAGAUAUGUGCAGGGAACCGAAGAAACAGGGAGAAUUGUUUUGAGGGAGACUCUGGAGGCCCCUUACUGUGUAACAGUGUGGCCCAGGGCAUUGUCUCCUUUGGAACCAAGGAUGGUACACCUUCAAGUGUCUAUACCAGAAUCUCGAGCUUUCUGUACUGGAUACAAAACACAAUGAGAAUCUGUGAACUUCAGGGACCAGACUGAGGUGCCCCGGGAUGGAUCUGUCCAUCUUCUCUGGGGCAGAGGCCAGAACGGCAUUGGGCCAAGGGGAUGGAGGGGAGGCUGCCAGGGAUGUAAUAAACUGUCAUCUUCAGAA